CAAUUUGAGGUGACUGUUUGUAAACGUUAACUUUUACACGUUGGAUUUAAUUGGAUAAUAUAGAUUUUUCCAGCCCGUAUUUGAUGCCUUUUUUGUGAAGUGUUUCUGGCUUAGUUUCCGUUGUUUUUGUCUCGGAACCUCGACAUGGUUUUCUGUAACAUUUCAAGUUUCGAAGGAUAAAUGACACUCGUUUGCUCGACGAGAAAAUGUCGUGUUAUUUGCUGUGGACACACAAAAAAACCACCGUGAUUUUCCAGCGAUUUAAAUCGCUCAAGCGGUCGUUGUUUUUGUUCUAAACUCCAAACACGGUCCGUUUUAACGGCCUAAUUUGUGCAGCAGCCCUGUCCUGUCUUUGUUCUCGCUCAACCAAAGAUGGAGGCUCAACGUGGCUCUGCUGUAAAGACAGCCUAUGGCAUGCCCAGCCUUUUGCAGGAAAGAAAGGGUGUUAAAUGACUGAGCCCAUGCUUCCUGCUGGAAACCUGUGUCAUGGAUGAUGAUGACGAUCGCCGUCUUCUGGAUAUUUUAGGAGAUGUAGAUGCGUUGAAUGACUAUCUCCAUGGCAGCAACAGCAAGUCUAUUGAGGAGGAUGAUGUAACAAACGCAGCUUUUGGGUCUGAUGGAUCCCUCUUUGGUAAUGACACCACUGGCUCCAACACUGGCCUCAAAGAUGGCUCUUCUGCAAUGGGUGAAUUUGGCGAGGAUUCGACCGGGGCAGGCCUCCAACUCUCUAGCAGUCUCUCAUUUAUUGAGGAUGAACUGGGGCCUGAAACCUCCCCUGGAGGGGUGGAUCUCGGGGGAGAGGACCAGCCCUUUGACAUCCUUCAGAAAUCUCUCUUGGAAGCUGAUAUCACUGAGCAAACACUGGCCCAGGAAGCCUUACUGGACUCGCAGCCUGCUCCCACUCUAGUGCAAGCUCCUGUUCCCUUCUCCUCCCCGCUGGUCUCGGGGAACUAUGGAGGCGGGGUAGGUGUGGUGACGACUGCAACUGCUACGUUCUCUGCAGGCCAGUUUUUGCAAGGCAUGCCGUCACUGCCUAACGGUUCUGCUCAGCCAAUCCAGGUGUUGGGUUCUUUUGGUGCAGGUGGCGGAGUGAUGACUCUGAGUAGCUUAGAAAGAUCACCACAGAUCGUGCUAAGACCAGGUGUUUCUGUAGCUCCAGCAGGGACAACAACAGGGGGGCAGGUGUUUGCUCCCACCCAAGGCCAAGUUGGCUUACCUUUCAAAAACAUCCCGCUUCAAAAUAUCAUCAUACAGAGAGGCCCAGGAGGGACCCAGACUGUUGUCAGACCAAUCCAGCCUAAACCCCUCCAACCGGGGUCUCAGACUGUCUACAGCCUUCAGCCCACUCCCACCACCGUGGCUAAUGUAGUGAACACUAAUACUGCUGCUCCUGCAGGACAGUACACACCUAAUGGCUCCAUUGUAGUACAACCACCCCUGGAGCAGCAACAAGCGUCUACACUGACAAAUAUAUCAGCCGGACAGUUCUUGCUACCCAGUUCCUUGGCUCUCACUCCAUCUAGCACCAUCCACAACGGGCCCAUCAACCCCAACUCAAAUCCCCUAAUUACCAGUCAAAACACAGUGCAGAUUGUUGCAGCGCAGAACUUCAAUGCACCAACAGCUGGUCCACUAAUUUUGAAUCAGGGAGUAGUAAGCGGGAAUCAGGUUGGAGGAGGUGUAACUCAGAUGUGGACGGGAGUUUCUUGUGCGAGCUCCACCUCCGGGCAGACACCAUGCGGUCCUGGACGUCUGACUCUGGUUGGCCCGGCUACAACAGGGAUCUGCAAUCAGAGCCAAGCGUCGGCUACUCCCGUGCAGCGCCUUCUAGUGACUCCAUCCCAGAACUGUACUUCUCUGUCCCCUUUACCUGGUAAUGUGACACAGCAACAAGACUACAGACAGAAUUCUUCAUCACCUGCCCUCAAACAAGCACAUGCCAGCAACAUCCACGCAAUCAAACCCAUGACACAGGAUUCAACGCUAAACUCUGAGGUCAGUGCACAGAAGAGGCCUCUGCUUCCUACUCUUACAAAAGGAGAAAUGAUUUUACAGCAGGUGAGGAAGGAUCAUGUUGCAGUUCAGACCCCAGAUCGACGUCGAUUCACUUCAGUUGACGACGCACUCCUGAGACUUAUCCCGUACCACGUGUUCCAGGGGGCUCCACCCAGCCCGGACGAGUUCUCCCAGGUGGAUGAGGAAUUUGAAGCAGCUGCAACUCAGGUGCUGAUGAGGACACAGGGGAUGGUAAACAAAUACAGGCGACUACUGAUGGUGGAAGCUGAGCGUUUCAGUCCGUCCUCAGAAAUGGUGAUGAUCGACAGGACUUUCAACCAAGAGGAGCGCAGCACCUUGAUACAAGACAAACGCAUGGUACUAGUGGACCCAGACAGUUUCGUGGAGGAGUUCUGUUGUGGGACGAAAUCCAAACUUUUCCAAGCCCCUUCCCCGCCUCAGCCUAUAUCCAGCUAUAAAUGGAAUGAGUCAGAACAAGGCUCUAUGGAGCCACCAUACAGGACAGACUCCCAGCCUGGUUAUGGAGACCCAGGAGGGAGUGAGCCUGUAGGACCUGGCUCAACAGAGAGACUUCAUCCAACACACUUCGAAAACAAGAACGUGCUGGAAAUGAAGAGAUCCCAGCAACUCUACGGACCCAGCGGCAUCGGCAACAACAGCCUGAUUGCUGCCAAUAGUUGCCCCCAUAAUAAACCCUCACCUUUCCCAGCAUUGUCAGGAGGCCCGACAAACUACCAGGUGUCUCACCACCCUGUGCAGCCUCCAUAUACCCCUCAGCUCACCUCACCCCCUCACCCUGACACAGAUUCUGCUCUUGAGGCGGCAGUCAACAGCAUCCUGGAAUGUUAAGAUGUAUAAACCAUAUUACACCCAAUGUAUGGUUUCUACUUCUUUUUUGUAUGUGCAUUUCUUUUUCUUUUUUUUAUGUCCCCUGUGUGAAGAGAGGCUAACUCUUCUUUCAGGUCUGUGUUCUUAGUGAUACACAUCCAUGUAGCAUGUACGUAGUUUGCCUUGGGUUAUUUUAGGGGGAUUUUAUGUUGAAGUCAGUCAGUCUGUAAAGGUGUUACGUGAACACAUGCACUUACAGUUACCUAUAAAGAUCCGGGAAUGUGUGCAAUGCAAUGUACUAACAGAUGCAAAAUGUUCUUUUGUUUAUUUUACAGUGGUAGGGUUUGCGACUGAAUGCAAGAGUGUCCCUCUCUUCACACACUAGUUAAUACUUUUUGCCAGUUUAUUGUUUAUUCCCCACCCCACUACCUAUGCCGAACAAGAGAGAUGAUGAGGAGGAGGGACUCUGUGCCUAAUUGUAGGUUUUUAUAUGGAAGUGUUUACAUGAAGAAGCUCUAAAUAUCAGAAAAUCCAUUUAUUUCUAUUCUUUCUACAUCUAAGCACGCAAACAGUUGCUUUUGUACAAGUAGUUCAUGGUUGAGAGGUGUAGAUCUCACAUCUAAGCUCAGUAGAGAUACCUUCAAACAGGCAAGUUGCACUAAACAUACUGUGGCCUAUUUCAGGAACUAUAUAAACACAAGGCUUUAGUCAAUAUGCGGUGUAUGCUGGGCUGAACCGGAUGGACACGUCAAAGAGAACCAAAAUCUUUUUGCCUGCUUUUGUGUUUUUGGCUGCCUGUAACAAGGACAACCUCUUAAUCACACUAGAAGCCAGUUAAACUAGUCCCAUUGACACAUAUGGUAGUGUUACAGUGCUUUUUUUGUGCUUAAGUCACCUUUUUCAUUUUCUUUUGUACCUUAAAGGUAUGCAAGUCCCGACACAGACACAGGACAUAUCUGUAGAUCUCUGCCACCUUCAUCAUUUCACAGUAAGUUUGUGUCUGUGGAGCUAUGUCCUCAGAUUGAGGAAGAGAUGUUAAAUUUGCUGAACUUUUGUUUUUAAAUGACAUUGAAAGAAACAGGACUGUUUUUGUUUGUUGUUAUGUGUUCCCCAGCGUUGAGAACGUGACAAUACUGUCAGCAGUUUAAAUGACCCAGGAGGGUCAUUGAUUGUAUGUAUGUUUGUUUGCCUUUUGCAUAUAAUUAUAUAUGAAUCAUAUCUUUCUCUAUAUGCUUUACUACCCUGACACGUCAAUGUGUGUGUGUGUGUGUGUGUGUGUGUUAAUUGGCAACCAUACACACUGAUUUCCUGUAGUUUGGUAGUGUGAUUGCCAUACUUUUGACUUUAUUGCCAAGCGUUUUCUUAGUUCCCUGGGAUAGUUUUCUCACACUUCGGCUCUUUUCCUUCUCAGCAGCACAACCAAAAUUAUUAGGAGAGACUGUGGUCUCAUCCAGAAUCCCCCUCAUUUGUCUCACCAGCUCUGUGGCUAAUUAUUUAAAAAAGAAAACUGUAGUGUUUCCUCUGAACUCAGAAUGAUUACGUUUUUGUUUUAUUAAACCAAGACUUAAAAGUCCUAAAUAAUGUCCCUCUAUUUCUGUUUUUGCAACAACACAAAAGCCCUGAUUAAAUGCAUUAAAUGCUCUCAGGGUUGAUUCUGGACAGCACCACCUUUCUCCUAUGAGCAUGUAUGUGAAAUAUGCUUGCUAAUAGACUACACAAACAGACUGAAGGCCUUUCAUAUGGGAUGAUAGAAGACCCUUUUUUUUAAUUUAAGUGCCAGUGGCCAUGGCAGCCUGCCUGCAUGUCUGCCUCAGCUCUUGCAGACCUCUUCUUUCCGAGAAAAACUGGGCUGUUUGCUUUGAAAGCAAAUCUCAAAUGACAAGUGAGGGUCAAGUGAGAUUUUGCAUUUGCUCCUCCAAGCGACUGCUGCAAGAUUUUGUGCCUCUAUAGCACUUAUAUCUACAAGGAUGUUCACUUUAGGCUUUCAAAGUAGGGACAUACCCAGUGUUUGUAAACCAUUGUGUUAUCAGAAUGCAUAUCAUGGUCUUGAGAGCCUGGUAGGAACAAACUGUGCUUUUUCUCCCCUAUUAUCAUCAUUUUUUUUCUUUUUUUUUAUGCAGAGAUGCGUUUUCUGCCUUCAUUUUCAUUGUUUAUUGUCCCAUUUGAUUUGUAUAGUUUGUUGUUUUGUAUAAAAAAAAGUUACACAAAAUAUUUAUAAUUUUUGUACGAAGAAAAAGAGAAUGUAAAGAAAAAAACUUAAGAAAAUUAUUUUUUAUUGUGUUGACUAAGAAGCAGUGUCAGUAAAGUCAUUACAAAAGAAAAUGCUGUUGUUUCUUUAUUUGUAUUUGUUCAAUACAGCAGUUAGGAGAUUUAACAAUAAAUUCAUUUUGUGUACAACAAGGAACUGGUCCAGUCCGGCUGAAAACCUCCUUCGAUUUCCCUCCAUUGCUAUUCUGUGAGGGUUCACACACUGGCACUGAUGGACUAAGCAUGCAUAAUCACAUCAUGUGACAGAGGAAGCAGUGGCAAAGGAAAACCAGAUUUGUUACCCUCUGCUGCACAGAUAUGAUCUUUUCACUGAUGUCAUGACAUUUAGAUUUCAUGUUUCUCUGCAUCACGGCUGCCAAAGUAAUAUUUUAUCAAGUUAGAAAUCUGUUGGUUCUCUUUAAUCCUUUUAUGGACUCCAGCACCGAUGCCUCUACACAAAAACGCUGAGAAAACUGCACAGCAGACAUUAGACCAGCCCCCUUUGGUUCAAGUAACAUAACCCAACAGUGACAGCUAGUGGAUGUCUGGAACACACAGUGGUCACUGAUGAGGAAAAAUGUUUUGACCCUUAAAAAAGCUGUUUUUUGGUUUUUUUUUAAAGCAAAUACUUUUUUUUUUUUUUAACAUUUUCUCCAUGAAAUAAAUAAGA